CCACGAUGACCUAGUAGUAGACGAAACCUUCCGAGAGCAAAGUAUGUAUAUUAUUAUUAUUAUUAUUAUUAUUAUGGCUAUUAAUUUUCAUUCCCGUUCCGCCGUUCGUAUCCUUCGUUCCUUUCCGCAUGCCUAACAGCAGCAGCAGCAGAGCAGUCUCCUCACUUUCCAUGUGCCGCCUUCUCUCUCCUCUGUCCUACGAUCUUUCAACCGCAGCCGCGAAGCAUCCUCUUCUCUCUGGCUCUCUUCUCUCUUCUCUCUCUCUUUACCCCUCGCUCGCUUCAGGAGCUAGAGAGUGAGGCGAACUCCUCCUGCUACUUACUUACUUGCUUAAUUACUAGUAUGGCUAUGGCGGCGGAGAAGGAAUCGACGGGUGAGGUGGAUCUGGAAUCGGCUCUCCUCCCCUCCUCCUCCGUCGAGUCCCUCCCCCUCCUCGCGCACUCCACUCGUUCGCGGCAGCAUUCCCACCUCCGCUCCCUCCGCCGCUCCGCCUCCAACACCACCUCCCAGAUCGCCAUCGUCGGCUCCGACCCCUGCCCGAUCGAGAGCCUCGACUACGAGUCCGUCCUCCUCUCGCGACUGCUGUUGGCUGAUCGAGAACGAGGAGUUCUUGCAGCAGGACUGGCGCUCCCGCGGCCGCGCCCACAUCCUCCGCUACGUCGUCCUCAAGUGGACUCUCUGCUUCCUCCUCGGCGCCCUCGCCGGCGCCGCCGGCUUCCUCACCAACCUCGCCAUCGAGAACAUCGCCGGCGUCAAGUUCGUCGUCACCUCCAACAUGAUGCUCGCCGACAGGCAUUUGUGGGCGUUCGGAGUGUUCGCGGCGUCGAAUUUCGUGCUCACGAUGUUCGCGGCCGUCAUCACGGCGUUUUUCGCGCCGGCGGCUGCGGGGUCGGGCAUACCGGAAGUGAAGGCCUACUUGAAUGGGGUUGAUGCUCCUGAAAUUUUCUCGCCGCGGACAUUGGCGGUCAAGGUCGUGGGUUGCAUUGCUGCGGUUUCGUCAUCUCUGCAUGUGGGCAAGGCAGGCCCAUUGGUGCAUACAGGUGCAUGCAUCGCAUCCAUACUGGGGCAGGGUGGGUCACGUAAGUAUCGAUUAACAUGCAAGUGGCUGAGGUACUUCAAGAAUGACAGAGAUCGGAGGGACCUAGUUACUUGUGGCUCUGCUGCUGGAGUUGCUGCUGCUUUUCGUGCACCUGUUGGUGGUGUCCUAUUUGCCCUUGAAGCGGUGUCUUCAUGGUGGAGAAGUGCCCUACUAUGGAGAGCAUUCUUUACAACAGCUGUAGUUGCUGUUGUGCUAAGGGCUCUGAUUGACAUUUGCCACAGGGGCAAAUGUGGCUUGUUUGGGAAGGGUGGCCUUAUAAUGUUUGAUGUGACCUCAGAUACCAUCGCCUAUCAUUUACCUGACUUACCUCCGGUGAUAAUACUCGGAAUCGGCGGGGGUAUACUGGGCAGUUUUUACAAUUUUUUUCUUGAAAAAGUUCUUCGGGCUUACAAUCUCAUCAAUGAGAAAGGCUAUGGGUACAAAUUGCUUCUUGCGGCAACUAUCUCCAUAUGCACAUCUUGCUGCAUCUUUGGUUUGCCAUGGCUUGCAUCUUGUAGCCCCUGCCCAACAGGAAUAUCAGAAGCUUGCCCAUCAAUAGGAAGGUCUGGCAACUUCAAGAAGUUCCAAUGCCCUCCAGACCAUUACAACGAUUUAGCUAGCUUACUCUUUAACACCAAUGAUGACACAAUAAGGAAUCUUUUUAGUGCCGGGACUGAUAAUGUUUUCCAGAUUUCUUCUAUCCUACUCUUCUUUUUUACGUCCUAUUUUCUGGGUAUUUUCAGCUAUGGAAUUGCUGCACCUUCUGGCCUCUUCAUACCUGUUAUCUUAACGGGUGCAACUUAUGGACGCCUUGUUGGGAUGCUUAUGGGCUCGCGCUCAACUUUAGACCACAGCCUCUUUGCAGUUCUCGGGUCUGCUUCCCUUUUAGGCGGAUCGAUGAGAAUGACAGUUUCUGUCUGUGUUAUUCUUCUAGAAUUAACUAACAAUCUUCUCUUGCUUCCCCUAGUAAUGCUGGUUCUUCUUAUAUCAAAAACAGUGGCAGAUGCCCUCAAUGCCAACAUUUAUGAUAUACUUGUCAAAUUGAAGGGAUUUCCUUACUUGGAGACACAUGCUGAGCCCUACAUGAGGCAACUCACGGUCAGUGAUGUUGUCACUGGCCCUUUGCUAAUGUUCAAUGGCAUAGAGAAGGUUGGAAAUAUAGUCCACGUUCUAAAGACAACUGGUCAUCAUGGUUUCCCAGUGGUGGAUGAGCCUCCUUUUUCGGAUUCUUCUGUACUGUAUGGUCUAAUUCUUAGGGCACAUCUCCUUAUUUUGUUAAAGAAGAGGGUGUUUCUUCCUAGCCGCUCACUUUUCGGGAUAGAUGUUUCGAAGCAGUUCUCUGCUGAUGAUUUUGCCAAGCGUGGCUCGGGCAAGCAUGAUGAUAUUGAGGAUAUAAAGCUCACAGCAGAAGAUAUGGAAAUGUUCAUCGACUUGCAUCCUUUUACAAACACUUCACCUUACACUGUUGUUGAGACCAUGUCUUUGGCAAAGGCUCUCAUACUUUUCCGCGAAGUUGGUUUAAGACACCUUUUGGUUGUUCCGAAGUCUUCCUCAAGGGCACCCGUUGUUGGAAUACUAACGAGGCACGAUUUCAUGCCCGAGCAUGUACUGGGCUUACAUCCUUCCCUCUUGAAGAGCAGAUGGAAGAGAUUGCGUUUUGGAAAGACUUCAUUGAAUAAAGUUUUUUGUGACCUGUGUUAAGGCAUGAAGAUUAGCAUUCAAAAUUUAACUUGGAGGAAUAAAAGAACAGGCUUGAGGUUUUCUUCUCCAAACAGGAAGUAAGUUACUGUGUUUCUAAUUUUUCCUCUUCAAAUGAUGCGCAUGAAGGAAACAGGCUUGUCCCUAGAAUUUAGUGUUUCAGAGAAAGAGCUGGACCUUUCUGGAAGUUUAACAAAUCUUUUGCUACAGAUAGGGGAGGGUUCUGCUUUAGCAAAGCAGAAGCACAUAAGUUGUUUUGCUUCCAGUACUCGUACAUUGGCUUUUUUUUUUUUUUUUCCUCUCUUCCCGGCAAUUGUAUCAUAGAAAAUACAGCAGUCAUUAGAUACGUAUUGGGAACUUAAAGAAUCCAUUUUUCCAUCAUAAAAGUUACUUUCUAGUAUGAUGCAUA